AUGCAAUUUCGUUGUUGAAGCUUUUAUGUAUGAACAAUAGAGAGCGCUUUUAUUUAUUUCUCAUCUACGACAUCUAGUGUCGAGUGGCAGAAACUUGUUAGCCAUCUGUUGAAUAAUAGAAAAAUUAUAUGUAUUUAUCAAAAUAAUAGGUCAUAGAAGUACAAAAUUAUUUAACAUUAAUUUGUUUCUAAUUUUUGAUAAUUUAUGUAGGUUGUUACUACGAAAUUACUGAAUAUAAAAACAUUUUUGCCCCUAAUAGGAAUACUUAUAGUUUUAUCUAAACGCCGUAGCGACGUCAGCGCCAAUAUUUUCCAUAUAAUCUGAGUGUUUUCAUGAAAUCUUCAUUCUUCGGAUAAUCGUCCUAGAGUUAACAACUCCUUGCAGUCAGUGCGUGUGACAUUGAAGUGAAAGCCGGCGUUUUUCCUUAACCAUUUUUAUAUGUUAUCAAAAUUAUCUUGUUUAUAUAAACAUUGAUCAUAUAAUAUCUGAAAGGAAUUAUAAAGUGUGAGCAAAGAUACACGGUGUACAGUAUCGAUUGCAGAGCUACCUAUUCUCUGGAAUUCUCACCGCACCGCAUUCGGUACUUCUCCAAAAACGUUAAAGCACAAGAGGAACCGUUUUCAUCGCCGAGAUGGCGUUUAUGAUGCCAGUAGUGAAGAACGAUUGGGACAUUUACCACACGCAGCGCUCUCGUCGCACCUCGGAGUCUGCGGAGAAGGUGGUGGCCGGCGUGGGGGGCCGCGUGCGGAAGGUGUCCGAGUCGCGGUCGGAGGGGCCGGCGCUGUCGCCGCGCAUGGGCUCCGCGCUAAGCCCGCACCGCAGCGCGCCCGCCAUGCGCUCCCUGUCCUACUGCCGCGCGCCGCACUCGCGGGUCUCCUUGCGAGCGCAAGACAGCCCCAAGGGCUCGGCUAGCCCGCCCAGCGCCGCGCGCGAAACGGAAAAGUUCCACAGCAGGGCGCGCGCGGAGUCCCCCGAACGCUCGCGGUCGCGCUGCGCCGCCUGCGUGCCAUACUUGUGACCGCGCUGCGGCCACCGGCAAUGGCAGCGCGCGCCCGCCGCAACACAAGCGCCGACACACUAUCUGUGAUACGUACGGGAUAGUGCCGCAGAGUUGAGUAGAACCUAUGAAUGUGCUAACUUUAACCGCCUAAUGUUUCGGAAAUCCAGUCUAAUCGAUCAUAUUUGUGUUUAAAGACCGCCCAAUGCAAUAGUUUGUAGUCAUAUUCUGGUCCGCUUCCCCUAACUGUUGCAUGAAUGUUUAUUGACCGUUUAUUCUGUAAUACCGUAUUGUAAUAGCACUCAUCAGUAUUGGAUCGUAUUAUCUGGUCGUUGGAGGCAGUAGUUGUAUGUUUCAAGACUGUAUUUAGUUUAAGACGUGCACCGGGUGUUUUCCAUCUGAACAUGACAACUAUAACCCGGUUGUUAUUUCGUAUAUGUUGUAUACUAGUAUUUUAGUAGUUGUGUUUGGCAGUUCGCGAUUGAUAUCUGUGAUUUGUUAUUAAUAAGCAAUAGUGUUAUUUAUUUUGAGGCGAGUAUAGAAUAGUUCAAAGUACGUGAUAAUUUAAAAUUAUUGUUAUUGAAUUAUAUUUAGUUCCGUUAAUUUUUUUGUGUAAUGUACAAUUUGA